ACCAUCUUGGGAACUCCAAUGACCCAAAUCUUAGCGGGCACCACCAAACUUAGCAUCCAUUCAUGGAGGCUAUGGCUGUCCCUCGCGGAACGAUGUGCGACCAUGCGCCAACUCAGGGCCCUCCAAGCUACUUUUACCGUCCAUGGCUUCCACAGAAACAAUUAUGCUAUAAGCAAACUCAUUGCCUUCUGCGCCCUCUCUCCGCAUGGCAAUCUCUCUUAUGCUUCACUUUUAUUUAACCAAAUUGAGAUGCCCAAUUCAUUUAUUUAUAACACUCUAAUUAGAGCUUAUUCUCGUUGCUCACAGCCUCAUUUGGCUCUACAUUAUUUUGAUAUCAUGUUGAGAGAUGAGAAUGUGACGCCUCAAAACCAUACAUUUCACUUUGUUCUCUUCGCAUGUGCAAAUGCGGGUUGGAUCCUUUUGGGUAGGCAAAUGCACUGUUGGGUAUGUAAAAAUGGAAUGAUAUUAGCAGACGGCCAUAUUCAAACUGCGGUUGUUAGGUUGUAUGCUGGGUGUAAAGUCAUGGAUGAUGCGCACAAGACGUUUGAUGAAAUUCCUUAUCCAGAUGUCGUUCAAUGGAAUGUGCUUAUGAAUGGGUAUGCUCGUUGCAAUUUGGCGAGUGAAGCUUUGAGGGUGUUUCGGUAUAUGUUUGUUAUAGGGGUCGAGCCAGAUGAGUUUUGUGUUACUACCGCAUUGAUGGCUUGUGCUCAAUCCGGGGCUCUUGGUCAAGGGAAAUGGAUUCAUGAAUAUAUCAAGAAGAAAUCAUUAGAUUUUGACGUAUUUGUUGGGACAGCACUUGUUGAUAUGUAUGCAAAAUGUGGAUGCUUAUAUUUGGCGGUGGAAGUCUUGGAGGGGAUGCCUAAAAGGAAUGCAUUCUCAUGGGCGGCCAUGAUUGGGGGGUUUGCAAUGCAUGGGUACGCGAGUGAAGCAAUUCGUUGCUUGGAGAGAAUGCAGGUGGAAGACGGGCUUAAGCCUGAUGGUGUUGUUCUCCUAGGGGUUUUAACGGCUUGUACUCAUGCAGGGUUGCAAGAGGAAGGCUUACUUCUUUUGGACAACAUGAAAGCUAGAUUUGGGAUCCUACCUAGACAUGAGCACUAUAGUUGCGUAGUGGACUUGUUAUGCAGGGCAGGUCGAUGGGAUGAUGCACUUGCUCUUAUAAGGAGAAUGCCCAUGAAGCCACUUGCGUCAGUUUGGGGGGCUGUACUGAGUAGUUGCCGAACCCACAAGAAUGUGGAGCUUGCAGAACUUGCAGUUAAGGAACUUGUACAGCUUGAUAAUGGUGAUAUAGCGGAAGAAGCAGCAGCUUUUGUUCAAUUGACUAACAUUUAUUUGAGUGCAGAGAAAGGUGAAGAAGCAUGUAAGAUACGUAGGAUGUUUGGUGAAAGAGGGAUGAACAAACCACCGGGAUGUAGUAUGAUAGAAGUGGAUGGAAUUUCAAAUGAGUUCGUUUCUGGAGAUGUGUCACAUAAGGAUCUGCCUCAAAUGCUUGCAAUACUGGAGCUAUUAUUGCCAUACUUAACCACAAAGCCAUAUCAUUAGCUUUAGCUUUUCCACCAGCUCUUUUAAAAAUUUCCCAUGUAUACCUCAAAUUACUUGCUUCAACUUUUGGGAUAAAUCACAUACAAGAAAAAGAAAUCAAUUGAAUUCCUACACACAAUCAUACAACUUUUGACCUGAUUUGUAUUUUUUUUUUAAAUGUUAAAAAGAGUUGAAUUCCUUC